AUUUAAAAUAACAAAAAUAAUAAUAAAAGAAUGAACCUUACUUCUUUUGCCAUAAACGAUGGUUAUGCUGAUGCAAUUCUAAGAGGCCUUAGAGCAUCAUUUAUAAGCGAAACUUAAUAUAACUAAAUGAAAACAAGUUCAAAUCUUUAAGAUUUAAAAUCUCAUUUAGAAGAAACUGAUUAUUGCGCUUAUUUACAAAAUGACUAAACAGAAUUAUCAAUCCCUUUAUUGCGUUCUAAAUUAAAAAAGAAAUUAGCUGACGAAUUCGAAUAUAUAUAUUGUUAAAGUGUUGGAUCGUUAAGUUAAUUUAUUAGAUUAGUCUAACAUAGAUAUAUGAUUGAUAAUGUUGUAAACAUGAUUGAAGGAAUCAAAAACAAAGUAAGCAAUGAAGAUUUAUUAGCUGCAACAGAUCCUUUAGGUUUUUUCCCAGAAAUGACUUAAAUAAAAGUAUUAGAUUAAGAUGAUUAUACUGGGCUUUAUAAAGAUGUAUUGAUUGAUACUCCUGUAGGUUCAUAUUUUAUGAAAUUCUUGGAGUAAUCAAUGGGUGCUUUAUCUGAAAAUAAGACUAUGAAUGAUGUGCAGAACUUAUUUAAAGAAAUGAAGCCUGAACACAUGAGAACUUCUUUAAAAAAAGUAAAAUUUUUUUUUAAAAAAAACUAAUAUAUAUUAAAAUUAUUAAAUCAGAUGUGGUUAGAAGACUUUUAUUAUUUUUGUACUACUGAAUUAAAUGCAGAAAGUCAAGAAAUUCUUGGAGAUUUAUUAAAUUUCGAAGCUGAUAUGAAGGCUGUUUAGGUAGUCUAUAACACUAUAGGACAUAAAGAUAUUAGUUCCGCAGCCAAAAUAGGCACUACUAGAAAACAAUUAUGUCCCGCAAUGGGAUAUUUAUAUCCAGAUUGUUAAAAAAAUCUUUUAAAUUCUAUGACUUUGGAUGCUCUUAAAGAAGCUAUUAAAGGAACAGAAAAUUAUCGAGAAAUUAUUAAAGAUGCUCCAGAUCCGGCAAAAAGAGAAGAAUAGAACUUUGCUACUACUUUAGAUGAUUUAAUGUAUGAUGCAGAAGUAAAGAAAUAUUCAUUAGCAUUUGAUUAAGCUGGAUAAUAUGCAGUUUUUUAUGCCUAUUUGAAACUAAAAGAAUAAGAAAUUAGAAAUGUUGUUUGGUUAGCUGAAAUGAUAACUAGAAAUUUACCCAAAAAUUCAUUAGGAUGGAAAAAAAUUGUUGUACCUUUUAGUCAUUUAUUAAAUGUUUGAUUAAUUAUUUUAAACAAAAAACAAAUAAUAUUAAAUACAUUUUUUUAUUUUGUUUUUAUUUCGAUUUUUACGAUUUUUACAUUUUU